AUGAGCGGCAAGCGCCCCUCCGAUCAAGCUGAUGGACCUCCAUCGAAGAGGGUCAAGGUCACACCUACUCCGCAAAUGCCUAGUAGUCCUCCAGCACGACAACUGACAGCUGCCGAUCGAGCCGUGAAAUUUACGGAUGACAGCAUCAAUAUUGUGGAUUUGACUUCUACAGCGGAAUCUCUACUUGACGCUCCAAGAGUUUCUGUAGGGCCAGCGUUUGGUGAUAUUUCCGAAGCGACGGCCGAGUUUCUUGAGAUUAUCCGCGCUGGUUCGCAAUCACGGCCGCUAGGUUUGUCGAACCACAAUGGGACCAGCUGUUAUUAUAAUGCCUGCUUGGCUGUACUGUUGAGCUCCCCCCGCUUCGUAUCAUACUUGCGGAAAUGGCACAUGGUAAUGGAAUACCCACAUGAAGAACGAUUCCAUACGCGCCGCGCUCACAUAUUGCAAAUGCUAUAUUCUAUGAGUUAUACCAGUCAAUCGGGGUCGCCCGAACUCAACCACCCGGACACCGAUCGUCUUCGCUCGCGUCGUGAGAGAAAUGGCUCGCAGGACGCCCAUGAUCACUCAGCAAGACUGCUUUGGAGACGAGUCUGCAACCCUGGCCGUCCUUCAUCAAAUGAUCUUGUUGAGGGUUGCCAACUUUCAACCCUAUGGACAAUACCAAGAGCCAGUAGAGACGAACAUAACAACGUCAUUGAAGGUCAGGAAGACGCGAGCGAGUGGCUAAUCUGGCUCUUGACCAGCAUCGAUGAGCAACUUGAGAAUGAAACAAUCCCUGGCUUCCUAACAGCUGAGCAGGAGAGGUUUAAAUGGUUAUUCGAGUUGAAGCAGACGAGCCGUGUCCUCUGCCCAAAAUGCAAAUGGCCUGUACAGCGACGCGAAAAUCCAACACAAGAAUCAGACUCGAAGCACUUGCUUCUGGAAAUUCCUGAAAGAGCAGGUGUGUCCGCCUUCGCAGCACGUGCAACAACUGUGCCGCUGAAGCAGCUCGUCGCGAACAGUAUGGCGACUUCAUACUCCAAAAACACAUGUACCCGUUGUGGACAAGGUAUUCAGAAUAUAGCACAGGAGAUCAAGAGGAUACGCCGGUUCCCGGAACUGCUUAUUCUGAACCUGUCUCGUAACAAGUAUGUCAAGGAGGUAGGGUCAGUGAAAGACCAUGGUGCAGUAAGCAUCCCAGAAUAUCUCGAUCUCAGCCAGUAUCUAGAACCCAGCAGCUUUGGAGCACAAUCGAAAGUGCAAUAUCGUCUUCGAGGCGUUGUGUCCCAUCAAGGACUAGCUGUGGACAGUGGUCACUACAUUUCGUAUAUUCGCGUCGACCACGAAGAUGGAUUCGAAUGGUUGGAAAUAAACAACACUGAGGUGGAAGACUGCUCUUUAUACAGAUUCAACGAUUCACACACUAGCUGGUAUGAGAAAGAAGAGGACUUCAACGCCAGAUUCGAGCCAUGUGUCAUGAUCUACGAACUUGACCAUGAGAAUUCUGUCACGUUGCCUGGCAGACAGCUUCGAAACAUUGAUGAGGGUGAAAAAGUCGAUGAGCCACCUACUGAGUGGCUACAAGAAGCAGACGAUACUACGGUGGCACAGCUUGGCACUGUUGCAGCAGAACCAAGCAAUGCUCAGGUAACAAGAACUACACCGUAUAUCGACAAAGUAAUUCAAUCAAGCAAUGCCAAUGCUACAGCUACUGCACUACCUCCAUCAGGAGUGAAUGUCACUUCAGAUACUCAACCUGCUCAACCUACUCAAUCUACUCAGCCUAUUGCGAUGUCUUCUGUGUGGCCCGUUAUACUAGCCGCUGCUGUGAAUGCUCUUCCGAAAAUUACGUUUGGUGGAUUCGACAAUGAAACAACUUUCCCACAGGCCGAGGUCGACUUGACGCUUCGAAUAGACGGAGCAGAGUUCAAGAUGCCAAAGCGUUUCAUCAAUCACUUUAAUAGAAACAAGCAACGCUAG